UAGAUCCUUCGCUUUCCAGCGCUCCGUGGAGAGAGAGGGAGAGAGCGGUCCGACCGACAGAGAAGCGACGGAUCUUGGCGUCCCCGACACGGAAGCCAAAGAGAAGGGCGGUGCUUCGCGUUAGUUGUGGUUAAUGACCAAAUCCCCCACGUCGGCACCAAAAUUGUGUGUCAAUGAAUCGCCGCGGGCGUUUUCCACGUUCGUUCUGGUAGGAAUUUUGAUGGAGAGAAAGAAAGAUUUGAGUGUCUGAGUGGAAAAAUCCACGUGAGAACGCCUUUUUUGAAGAUUGUUGGUUUGAAUUGUUCCACUGGCAGGGAUCGAAUUGGCCGCCGUUCUGUGGAAGUUUUCGAAUUCUUAUGUGGCUUUAAUUUUGAUUCUAUUACAAAUAAGCGGUGGAUUCCUUGAUUUCCAAUGAUAAAUUUUGUGUUUAUAUUUGGGAAGAUAGAUAGAUAGAUAGAUAGAUAGAUAGAGAGUUAAAGGAAAUAAAGGAAAAGAAAGGUUUAUCUUGUGGGAAGCAUUUAAAAGAGCUGAAAAUAGUCUGUUUUUUGUUAUUGAAUCUGUUUUUAGUAAUCAUUCGUCUCAGAGUUGUGAAAGCUCGUGUUGUGUUAACUGUUAUUGCUUGAAGAAAGAUGGUCGGAAGUGUGGUAGGAGUCCACAGUUCUCCUCACCCCAAUGGGUCUGUUCACUACUCCAAUGGUGCGGAGGAGAAACUCGAUGAGCUCCGUCGGCUGCUCGGCAAAUCAGAAGGCGAUCCGCUAAAGAUUGUUGGCAUUGGUGCUGGUGCUUGGGGCAGUGUCUUUGUUUCCCUGCUGCAGGAUGCCUAUGGCCACUGCCGCGAUAAGGUCCAUUUAAGAAUAUGGAGAAGGCCUGGGAGACCUGUUGAUAGGUUUGCUGCAGAGCAUCUCUUUGAGGUGAUCAAUUCGAGGGAGGAUGUCUUGAGGCGUUUGAUCCGGCGAUGUGCUUACUUGAAAUAUGUUGAGGGGAGGCUGGGGGAUCGCACACUGUAUGCAGAUGAGAUCCUCAGGGAUGGCUUCUGCUUGAACAUGAUUGACACGCCGCUUUGUCCGCUGAAGGUUGUGACGAAUUUGCAGGAGGCAGUCUGGGAUGCCGACAUCGUGGUGAAUGGUUUACCAUCGACGGAGACACGGGAGGUGUUUGAGGAGAUUGGUAGGUAUUGGAAGGAGAGGACAAGGGAUCCAAUUGUAAUAUCUUUGGCAAAGGGUAUAGAGGCAGCUCUGGAUCCGGUUCCGCAUAUAAUAACUCCUACACAAAUGAUUAGCCAUACAACUGGGGUUCCAAUUGAGAACAUUCUGUAUCUUGGAGGCCCAAAUAUCGCUUCAGAGAUUUAUAACAAGGAAUAUGCUAAUGCUCGAAUAUGUGGAGCUGAUAAGUGGAGGAAACCCCUCGCUAAGUUUUUGAGGCAGCCACAUUUCAUUGUGUGGGACAACAGUGAUCUCAUCACACACGAGGUUAUGGGAGGACUGAAGAAUGUGUACGCCAUUGGUGCUGGGAUGGUAGCGGCUCUAACCAACGAGAGUGCAACAAGCAAAUCAGUAUAUUUUGCACACUGCACAUCUGAAAUGAUAUUCAUCACUCACCUAUUGGCAGAAGAACCAGCAAAACUUGCUGGUCCGUUGCUUGCGGACACUUAUGUAACCUUGUUGAAAGGUCGCAAUGCUUGGUAUGGACAGAUGUUAGCCAAGGGUGAACUAAGUCUGGACAUGGGUGAUAGCAUCAAAGGAAAAGGGACCAUUCAGGGUGUUUCUGCUGUUGAUGCGUUUUACGAACUCCUAAGUCAAUCCAGCUUAAGUGUGCUACAUCCUGAAGAGAACAAGUCUGUUGCUCCUGUUGAGCUGUGCCCCAUCCUGAAAACACUUUACAAGAUAUUGAUUAAAAGGGAACUUUCAACACAGGCAAUUCUUCAGGCAUUAAGAGAUGAGACCAUGCAUGAUCCUCGUGACCGAAUUGAGAUGGCACAGAGCCAUGCUCUCUACAGACCGUCACUUCUUGGCCAACCUUGACAAAGAAUCCUCUCUUAUUGGAGGUACCAUGCGAUUGGAAGGAGUUUUAUGUCAUGCAUGUUAUUAUUUCAAUUUGUAGUGAGCUUGUGAGAGCUGUGACAUAUAAAGUAUCUGCUUGUAGCGCAUGUUAGUGAAAUUUUGUUCAUAUUUGUUUGGACCAUUAUUUUCUAUACAUUUACAGUCGUAAGAGACUUUAUUGACAUAAGAAGAGUCGAAUAGUUUUUUAAUUCAUU